GGAGCGUCUCCGCUCCACCGAGGGGUGGCGUGGCCGUGGGGGAAGAAGGUCUGGGGCACGCCGUGUGCCCUCCAUAGCUUCCCUCCAGCUGGACGAUCCCAAGCUGCAGCAGGGCUUCCGGCCACUCUCUUCAGUAGACGAUUAGAAGGCGCAGCCGCCUCCGAAGGCAAGCCCCUCCCGCCUCCCGGUCACAGCCGCUGGGACCCGGGAGGACAGCCGCCGCCGCCGCCGCCGCCGCGGAUUUUUCUCUGGGCGGGAGGCCGGCCCAGUUCCUGGAGAGAUGGGCAGGUUGCAAAAACACAAACCAUUGAAGGAUGGAUGCCACUGCAUAUAUUAAAAGCAUGUUGAAAGGAAAAUAAGAAAGACAGUAUGAAUGAACCUAGAUCUAGAUCAGAUGAUGGUGGUGAAGAAACCUCAUUUCAAGACCAUCAUCAUCGUGAAAAUGAGAGAAGUUGGCAGCAAGAGCGUCUCCACAGAGAAGAAGCCUAUUAUCAGUUUAUUAAUGAACUCAGUGAUGAAGAUUACCGGCUAAUGAGAGACCACAAUCUUUUAGGCACUCCAGGAGAAAUAACAUCAGAAGAACUACAACAGCGGUUAGAUGGAGUCAAGGAACAACUAGCAUCUCAGCCCGUGAGAAAUGGGACAAAUACCAGAGACUCAGAAGUCCCUAGAGAAAGUUCAAGUGAAGAUUCUCUGGUAGAAUGGUUGAAUUCCUUUCAUCGCACAGGAAAUGCAAUUCGAAGUGGACAAAAUGGGAACCAAACUUGGAGAGCUGUGAGUCGAACAAACCCAAAUAGUGGCGAGUUUCGGUUUAGUCUGGAAAUCCACAUAAAUCAUGAGAACAGAGGAUUUGAAAUUCGUGGUGACGAUUAUACAGGCACUCCACAGUCAGACAUUAACAGAGAUCAUACAACAAAUAGGCAGCAAAGAUCUACUAGUCCUGUGGCGAGGCGAACCAGAAGCCAAACCUCGAUGAAUUUCAGUGGUAGUAGUUCCAGCAUUCCAAGGACUAGACUUGGCUCAAGGGGGCAGAAUUCAGGAGAAGGAUCUUUCUCAACAUCGGAAAGGUUAAGAAGCGGAACUGGGGGAGCAGUUGGCAUUCCUAGAACUGGAGCUGAGCAGGCCCAUUUCAGUAGCCACAGCAACCGGUCUGGUGGUAGUGAACUCAGGCAAAGGGAGGGGCAGCGAUUUGGAGCAGCACACGUUUGGGAAAAUGGGGCUAGAACUAAUGUUACAGUGAGGAAUACAAACCAAAGAUUAGAGCCAAUAAGAUUGCGGUCUGCUUCCCACAGUCGAAGCCGUUCGCCAAUUCAGAGACAAAGUGGCACCGUGUAUCAUAAUUCACAGAGGGAAGGUAGACCUGUACAACACACCGCUAGGAGGUCUGUUAGGAGGAGAGGUAUAACUCGUGUCUUUUUAGAACAAGACAGAACACGCAGAGGUACAGCAUAUACCCGGUUCUCUAACUCAAGGCUUGUGUCAAGAAUAACAGUAGAAGAGGGAGAAGAAUCCGGGAGCUCCUCAGAUGCUACACGACAUCCAACAAUCACACUGGACCUUCAAGUGAGAAGGAUUCGUCCUGGAGAAAACAGAGAUCGGGACAGUAUUGCAAACAGAACUCGCUCUAGGCUAGGGCUAGCAGAAAAUACAGUCACUAUCGAAAGCAAUAGUGGCGGCUUCCGCCGAACUAUUUCUCACUUAGAGCGGUCAGGUAUUCGAACCUACGUGAGCACCAUAAUGGUUCCUCUUCGCAGGAUCUCUGAGAAUGAGCUUGUGGAACCAUCCUCAGUGGCUCUUCGGUCCAUUUUAAGGCAGAUCAUGACGGGAUUCGGAGAACUGAGUUCUCUGAUGGAGGACGAAUCCGAGUCAGAGAUGCAGAGACGUGCUCAGCAUUCCCCAGAGACGCACUCAGAACUGAGUAACCUGGGUGCAGCCAGUGACACCGGCCAGUCCCGGGAAGGUUCUUCUCAGGGCAGGCGGGCCCAAGAAGGCAGCUUGGAAAUGGGUGGUGAAAGUGAGACCACCCAGCCGCAAACCCGAAACCGUGGGAGCAGAGGUGGUAGGCAGCCGCGACAUUCCAAUAACGUAGUUGAGGCUGGAACACUACCUAUUCUUCGCCUGGCUCACUUCUUUUUACUAAGCGAAGGUGACGAUGAUGACCGCGGACGUGGUUUAACCAAAGAGCAGAUUGACAAUCUAUCCACCCGGAACUAUGAGCAUAGCAGUACUGACGGUGAACUGGGGAAAAUCUGUAGUGUUUGUAUCAGUGACUACGUAACUGGAAACAAGCUCAGGCGGUUACCUUGCAUGCACGAAUUUCACAUCCAUUGCAUCGACCGCUGGCUCUCAGAGAAUUGCACUUGUCCUGUGUGUCGGCAGCCUGUCUUGGGAGCCAGUCCAGCACUCACUGGGGAAUGAUGGGGCCAUUCAAAUAGUGCAUUUUAGUAGAGUUGAGUAGGCAAGCCAUUCUUCUGUUGAGUUAUUUGUGAUGAGCCGACCAGGAUGAAAACUAACAGAUUAUUAUAGUUUGAACUAUUUUUGUGUGUGAGUGCUUUUUUAACUUGUUAAAAAGAGAAAAUUUAUAUGAGAUUUAAAAUGCAGAUGUUAAAUUAUCCAAAAGUACAGAAUAGUUAAUAUUGCUAGAACCAAAUAACCUUUCAAAUGUUUUUAUUUUGGUAAUUUUGUCAUGCUAAGCACUUUUGUAUACACUGCACAGUUCAGUUGAUUAAAAUCAAUCUUCUUUUUCUUAAUAGUACACAGACUUUACUUGGAAUUUCAAAUUCCAGAGGCUUAGUACUAUAUCCAGAUAUUGGUGUCUAAAUAAGCCUUUCAUUAACUUUUUAUUCUAAGGACAAUAUAUUUUCAUGAAAGAAUGUUUGGCUGAAUGUUUGCUAACUGUAUUUAAGUUACUUGAAAUGUUGAAUUUAAUCUGCAGCAUACCAGAUGUGUAUAUAUAGAUAUAUAGUUUUAAGGUUAAAAUAUUCAGUCUAAAAAUUACCAGUUUGGUUCUUAUUUAAGCUUUUAGGUUAAUACUGCAGAUGGCACGAUAUUUAAUAUUUACAGGAUCAUCUCUGGGAGGAAGUGGAAUAGAUAUUUAAAAAUAGAGAUAAUUUACUGAAGCGUCUCUGACAAUCUGACUUAUUAGACAACAAGCAAUAUAUAAUACUGAACAAGUAUUUCUCUAUUCAGAAAUGGAACAUGGACAUUUUAGAACAUAAAGGUUAUUUAACUUGAGUUCAACCUUUUUGUGACUUUUAUGAAAGUGCAAACAAUUCUUUGGAUUAUAUUAAGUAAAGUAUACAAUAUGCAUGGAUUCUCAGAUUUCAUUUUAAAGUCUAAAAAAAUGUCUAUAAAGAAUCAAAUGCAUAGGUAAUAUGUUAAGUUCACUGGGAGGCCAAAAACUCCAAAUGAAAUGAAACAAAAUAUCUUUAAGAGAAUGUAGAAUUUAUAUAAACACAAAGUAUGCAUUGAAGAUCUAUUUCUACCAAUAAAUAUUAAAAGAAAGCUGUAUGUGAACUUUUCUGU